UUUUCUACUUACGCCCCCAGUUUCUGUCAAAAAAACUUAUCUAUUGAUUAUUACAAGUAUUUUCAACGUAUUUAUAAUUUUUUAUAGUAAAUUACAUUCCAAGUUCAUAAUAUUUAUUUAAAAUAGGAAGGGCGUAAUUUUAAAGUAAUACGAUUUAAGAGUUUGAAAAAGUUAAUAUAUCAGCACAAUGACAGACUCCAAGUAUUUCACCACUACUAAGAAAGGAGAAAUUUUCGAACUAAAGUCCGAACUGAACAGCGACAAGAAAGAAAAGAAAAAAGAGGCUGUAAAGAAGGUUAUUGCCUCAAUGACAGUUGGAAAAGAUGUCUCGGCACUGUUCCCUGAUGUUGUGAACUGCAUGCAAACGGACAAUCUAGAACUCAAGAAAUUGGUGUACUUAUAUCUAAUGAAUUAUGCCAAAUCACAACCUGAUAUGGCUAUUAUGGCAGUCAACACAUUUGUAAAGGACUGCGAGGAUUCGAACCCGCUAAUAAGGGCGUUGGCGGUGAGAACGAUGGGCUGCAUUCGAGUGGACAAGAUCACAGAAUACCUUUGCGAGCCAUUGAGGAAGUGCCUUAAAGAUGAAGAUCCAUAUGUGAGGAAGACGGCUGCUGUCUGUGUCGCGAAAUUGUAUGAUAUAUCAUCAAGUAUGGUCGAAGAUCAGGGUUUUCUAGACCAACUAAAGGAUUUACUCAGCGACUCCAACCCAAUGGUGGUUGCGAAUGCAGUUGCCGCCUUAUCUGAAAUAAACGAAGCUAGUGUUUCGGGGCAGCCUUUAGUUGAAAUGAACGCGUCCACUAUCAAUAAGUUGCUGACUGCGUUGAAUGAAUGUACUGAGUGGGGUCAGGUGUUCAUCCUGGAUGCGCUGUCCAAUUAUUGCCCGCGGGAUGCUCGUGAGGCGCACUCGAUCUGUGAACGAAUCACGCCCCGACUUGCGCAUGCUAACGCCGCUGUUGUACUAUCCGCCGUCAAGGUGCUGAUGAAGCUAAUGGAAAUGGUGGCGGAGGACACGGAGCUGGUGAGCACGCUGUCACGUAAGCUGGCGCCGCCGCUUGUCACGCUGCUCAGCGCCGAGCCAGAAGUGCAAUAUGUGGCGCUCAGAAACAUCAACCUCGUUGUACAGAAGCGGCCCGAAAUCCUAAAGCAUGAAAUGAAAGUAUUUUUCGUGAAGUACAACGACCCAAUCUAUGUGAAACUCGAGAAGUUGGACAUCAUGAUCCGGCUGGCGUCGCAGGCGAACAUCGCACAAGUUCUCGGUGAACUGAAGGAGUAUGCUACUGAGGUGGACGUCGACUUCGUGAGGAAGGCUGUCAGAGCUAUAGGCCGUUGUGCUAUCAAGGUGGAGCCGUCAGCUGAACGCUGCGUGUCUACUCUGCUUGAAUUGAUUCAGACGAAGGUUAAUUAUGUGGUCCAAGAAGCCAUCGUGGUAAUCAAGGACAUCUUCCGCAAGUAUCCCAAUAAAUACGAGAGUAUCAUCAGCACACUGUGCGAGAACUUGGACACCCUUGAUGAACCUGAAGCCAGGGCUUCGAUGGUAUGGAUAGUGGGCGAGUAUGCGGAACGUAUCGACAAUGCUGAUGAAUUACUAGAUUCCUUCCUUGAAGGAUUCCAUGAUGAAAACGCCCAGGUACAACUUCAGUUGCUGACUGCAGUUGUGAAGUUAUUCUUGAAACGACCUGCCGAUACGCAAGAGCUCGUCCAACAUGUGCUCAGCCUUGCGACACAGGAUUCUGAUAAUCCCGAUCUCAGGGAUCGCGGUUUUAUCUACUGGCGGUUGUUGUCCACCGACCCUGCCGCUGCCAAAGAGGUGGUACUCGCCGACAAGCCCCUCAUCUCCGAGGAGACUGAUCUCCUGGAGCCCACACUCCUCGACGAGCUCAUCUGCCACAUCAGCUCGCUCGCCUCCGUAUAUCAUAAACCACCAACUGCAUUUGUUGAAGGCCGAGGCGCGGGUGUACGCAAGUCUCUGCCGGCUCGCGGCGCUGUCACUGACGACUCUCACCCGCACGCACCACAACCUACCGUCAUACCCAACCAGGAGUCAUUGAUUGGUGAUCUCUUAUCUAUGGAUAUCGGCGGCCCCCCUGCUCCCACACCGGCAUCAAACCUUGACCUACUGGCUAGCGGUGUUGACGUUCUUCUGGGUGGCGGCGUGGAGGCGGCCGGCAGCAGCACCACCACCGGGCUGCUGGGAGACAUCUUCGGCGUGUCGGCCGCGCCCGCCUGCUACUCGCCGCCGCGGCAGUGCUGGCUGCCCGCAGACAAGGGCAAAGGUCUCGAGAUCUGGGGUACAUUCAGCCGUCAAAAUGGACAACCGCGUAUGGAGAUGACAUUCACCAACAAGGCAAUGCAGCCAAUGAGCGGGUUCGCGAUACAGCUCAACAAAAACAGUUUCGGCGUGUCCCCGGCGGGUGGGCUUGUUGUGGGAGCUUUAGGUGCGGGGGCGGCGGCGGAGGCUCCGCUCGCGCUGGCCACCACCGGGCCCGUGCAGAGGAUGGACCCGCUCAACAACCUACAGGUGGCAAUAAAGAACAACGUGGACGUGUUUUACUUCGCAUGCUUGAUCCCAGUACACAUUCUGUUCACGGAAGACGGCCAACUGGAUAAACGGGUGUUCCUAUCCACCUGGAAGGAGAUCCCCGCUGCCAACGAAGUCCAGCACACACUGUCCAACGUUGUAGGCACCGCCGACUCCAUCGCGCAGAAGAUGACCCUCAACAACAUCUUCACCAUCGCCAAGAGGAAUGUAGAAGGCCAAGACAUGCUGUACCAGUCUCUAAAACUUACCAAUAACAUCUGGGUACUUCUUGAAUUAAAAUUGCAACCUGGCAACCCAGAAGCGACCCUUAGUCUCAAGUCCCGUACCGUAGAGGUCGCUACUUGCAUUUUCCAAGCGUACGAAGCGAUCAUUAAAUCGUAAUCUCACGUAUUAUUUAUAUGUAUAUGUUGGUCUAAGAGAUUAAAGUAUUCCUAUAUCAUAAGUAAUGUAUUAAAGACUUUAUAUGAAUGUGAAUUCCAAUAGUUAAAGUAUGAAUGUUUAUGAAAUUCGAGUAGUCCAUAGAAUGAUGUUGCAUUUGUGAUUUUGUUCUAUAACAAAAUUCUUGCUAUUUAUGGCGUCAAAUAAAAUAUAUUAUGUUAUUGAA